AUGUCUUCCAAUAUACCUCAACAAACUACUUCCAACCCUGCCUUCACAGUCGACAUGACAUGGAAGAAAUGGAAAGCCAUAAUCACAGACUUCAACGAUUCAGAAGGAGGCCCCAAAUACAUCAUCAGCUUUCCGUGGAGCAUGCUCCCAAAAUCAGAAAGCAUGAUCGUGACAAGAACCGCCGACGAAGAAGUCGUUGGAACCGGCAAGCUUCAAAUGGUCUCAAUCAACGCCUAUUACCAACUCCACGGCCAAAAGGGCUCUCUUCUAGCACAGAAGCGCUGGCAAACCGUCUACACCCACCGCUCUCUCAACUUCUCCGAUACCGAUACUCCAGUCACCAUGACCUGGACUAGCAACUAUGGAUUCAAAACAUGGGAUUUCAUUUGUGUUGAUGAUCAGCAGAUGCCUGUUGCUAGGUUUUCGGCUAAUUCUUGGGCUGUUAGUAAGAUUGGUAAGAUUGAGUUCGAUGGCCCCAAGGCGCAUAGCCAGGCUGCUCAAGAGGAGAUUUUUGUGAUUGGGCUCACGCUGUUUUACACGAUGAUGCUUCGCACCACCAAUAUUUUCAAUUUCUUUGGAGCUAUUUUUUCUCGGCCUGGGCAUAAGGAGCAUGUUGAGCCUCAGCCUCUACCGCAGAAGGUGGCUAGCGAGGAAGCCGGCCAUUCUUGA